AUGGAUAAUCAAAGAAAAGGCAUAAAAAGAUAUGAAAUAGAAACAAAUAUAAAAAAAGAGUCUGAAGGGCCUGUAGAGCCCAUUUACUGGAUGCUGUAUGUCGUUAAAUGGAGUUCUUUUCGGUUUCUAAUUCUUCCUGUCAUUACACUUUUUAUGAUUAUUGUAAGAGCACUGAUAGCUCUUGGGACAUUUUCUGGAAGCGGUGGUGACAAAAAAUAUGGUGAUUUUGAAGCACAGAGACAUUGGAUGGAGAUUACCCUACAUCUACCGAUUAAAGAAUGGUAUUUCCACAAUGCAGAAUGGUGGGGGCUGGAUUACCCUCCCUUAAGUGCUUAUUUGUCUUAUAUAUAUGGAAAAAUUGGCCAUUUUAUAGAGCCUGCAUGGUUUGCUUUAGAUGUCUCUCACGGUUUGCAUACUCAAGAAUUGAAAUUCUACAUGCGUAUGACGGUUAUUAUUUCCGACUUUAUUAUAUAUUUUCCUGCAGUUAUUCGUUUUGUACGUUACUGGAAACGACUCAAAGGAGGCAAUUCUUUAAACAGCUACUCUUCUGUCACUCUCAUUCUUCUUCAGCCUGCUCUUAUUCUUAUUGAUCAUGGCCAUUUCCAAUACAACAACGUUAUGCUGGGGCUUGCACUUCUUUCUCUGACCUAUUUUAUCAACGAUCAGCUUGUUCUUGGUUGCAUCUUUUUUGUCUUCUCCAUUUCUUUCAAGCAAAUGUCUCUCUACUAUUCUCCUCUUGUUUUUUCUUAUCUUCUUGGCCUCUGCAUCUUUCCUCGCCUCAAUGUUCCUCGUUUUUUCUUAAUAACGGGUUCUACUCUCUUUGCAUUUACACUUGUUUUUUUCCCUCUUCUUCUCUCUGGAGGAUAUCCGGUUCUUUUUCAAUGUCUCUACAGAAUAUUUCCUUUUCAGCGCGGACUUUGGGAAGAUAAGGUUGCAAAUGCCUGGUGCGUCUUCAACACCCUCAUCAAAUUCAAACAGAAAUAUUCUCCUUCCUGUCUUGCAAAGCUCAGUUUUGCUGCUACUGCCUUCUCCAUCCUCCCUUCUUGCUCUAUUCUUUUCCUCCGACCAAGGAAAGACCUUCUUCCCUGGGGACUUCUUUCUUGUGCAUUUGGUUUCUUUCUUUUCUCCUUUCAGGUCCAUGAAAAGUCAAUUCUCCUCCCUCUUAUGCCUGCUACUAUGCUCCUCGUUACUCCCAACAGAAAUACAAAGGCUUGGAUCGGCUGGAUCAACACAUUUGCUACUUUUAGUAUGUGGCCCCUCCUUAAGCGCGAUGGACUUCUCCUCCAGUAUGCUGCUCUACUUUUAUAUUGGCUUUGGCUCGGUGGAUUCGUCUUCCACCCCCCUGGGUCUCUUGGUACCUUUGAAACACUUAUCCACAUGGGCUCCUAUACACUUCUUGCUUUGAUCCACCUUCUGGAGGCCUUUUUUUCUCCGCCAAACCGUUACCCCCACUUGUGGGUGCUCUUGAACAUGGUUUUAAGUUUCUUUUGUUUCGUUAUCUUCUGGUUCUGGUCUCAUUGGAAACUUUUUUCUCGUGCAGGCUUCUAUCUCAAGCACAAUCCUAAUCCUACUCCUAAUCCUAUUCACAAAAGACCUAGUCCUAGAACCGGUAUCAUACAAAAACCUUAA